GGGGGGAGGGCCGCUGCUGAUUGGUUUGCCCGCCUAUUAAUAGAACUCCGCCCACGCGGCGAGCUUGUUAGCGGUGUUGACCACGUGGGGGAGAGGCAUCUGCAGCGAGUGACCCAACAGGACGAGAAGGACCCGCGAGAGACCCUUGUCCACGAUGGCGUUUGGACGCACGCGGCGGGGGCUGAACUGGGACCCGCCGUCUCGCCCCACGCUCCUCGGCAGCCCCAGCGACGAGACGUACUUGCCGCCGCAGCUCGUCCCCUUCAUCCGCCCCGACGACCACGGGAAGCUCUUCGUCUGCCCGGAGGCGUCCCGCCUGCUCGCUGACGUCACGGCCCCCAUCGUGGUGUGCGCCGUGGGGGGCAGCUACCGGGGCGGCAAGGACUUCCUCGUCAACCUCUUCGCGGGUGUCAAGGACCCAGGCUUCGCGAUUGGGCCUGCGUCUCUGCACGACACCAAAGGGAUCUGGAUCUGGGUGAAGCCCCUUCCCGUGCCGUCUGACGGAGCGAUUUUGGUGAUGGAUGUCGAGAGGCUGGACGGUCUGAACAAGGAGGAGCCCGAGCUGGACAACUACCUGAUGCUUAUCGCGAUGCUGCUGUGCGCCGAGUUCGUUUGGAGCACCGCAAAUUCGCCGAGCAAGGACUCCAUGGAGCACCUGCGGUUCCUGGACGAGCUGCCACGCUUUGUGGUGCUGCCCGACUACUCGCCGCCCCCCCCCGUCUUCGUGGACCGCUUCGGCGAGGGCAGCCCCCUGCCGGGCUUCUCGGUGGCCCUCUGGGACUUCCGCCCACAGCCAAACUCCUCCAACGAUGUUCUGGAUCGGGGCCUGCGGACGCGCAGGGAGGGCACCGAGGACUUCACCCGCGACUUCAACCGCAGGCGCGAGCUCUUCUCUGCUCACUUCCCUGUGGGGCGCCGCCACUGCUUUGGCUUGCCAAUCCCGGUGCAGCCGGACCGACUUCCCGACUCUGAGCGCCUGGCCGAGAGCCAGGUGGAGGUGGCUCUGCACUACGCCGUCUCCUCGCUGGCUCAUCACGUGCUGCAGGCCAACACCACCAAGCGCGUGCAGGGGGCAGCCCUCUCGGGCUCGCUUUUCACGAUGUUGGCCGAGCAGCUGUGCGAGUUCCAGCGCGCUGGCUCCCCGCUCUGCAUCGAGUCCGCGACGGCAGUCGUCUGCGACGUCCACAACAGCGCCGUGUGCCUCGAGGCGGUGGAGCUCUACCGCCGCCGCAUGGCUACGGCGAUGCGCCGGCUACCGCUGCUCAUCACGCAGGUGGACGAGCGCCACGCCAAGGCGGUGGGCGAGGCCCUGGAAGCCUUCGCCUCGCGCAGAGUCCUCGACAAGGACGGGGUGCAUGCCAUGAGACUCGUGGAUCUCAUAGCGGUAGCUCGACGUGAGAUCGUGCAGGAGGCUGACGAGGCGUCCGGAAAGAGGUGCCGCCAGCGCCUGGUGGAGCUGUACGCCGGCGUGAAGCGCAAGAACGAGCAGGAGGCGUUCAGCACGCCGGGAGGCCACGCCGUCUACCAGAGCCUCAUGGACGACCUGGUGCUCCAGUACUGCGAGACGCCAGGGCUGGGCGACGAGAUGGAUAGAAUCCUGUCCCUAUUCCUGAACGAGAAGGCGGAGGAUGGCCGGGUGAUUUUCAUUGUGGACAAGAUCGUUACUGCCAUGGAAGAGGAGAAACGAAAAAAGGCGGUGGAGGAGAGGGAGAUGGCUGAGCGGCAGCGGCGUCUGGAGGAGAAAAGUCGGGAGCAGGAGCUGCACAUCUCCAACCUGAGACACAAGCUGGAGAGCCUGGAGAGCUACGCGCUGGAGUGUGGCUGGACCUACUCCAGGGAGCCCAAGAGGGGCAGGGAUCGUGAAGUCUGCUCCAUCCUGUGACCUCCCUCCUGUGACCAUCCUCCCUCUUACCUGUGACAUGGGAAUAGUUGGGAUUGGGUAGGACUCCGUUCUAAGUGAUCUGGGUCUGAUAGGUCUACCUCCCUUUGUGUGAGACUGUAGUAACUUUUAUCAUUUUUCUCUAGGUUGGAUAAGUGAACCAUUUAAAGAUUAGUCCCCUUUUUAAAAUAAAUAAACUUUGAUGCUUUUACCGCGUGGAUACGCCACCGUUGUCCAGAAGCCUCUCCGAGGUAUAGGAUGGGCAAGUGAACGUGUAUCGAGACGCUUUUAAAAUGAUUAUAUGAACCCCGCUUACCCGCUACACCCCCUCGUUACCUGGGGUGUAGGUGUGGAUAAAGUGAACCGGGCUCCUUAAAUAAUAAGACAUGAACGUCUCCUGAGUAAUGUGUUUUUUAUCUUGCUAUGCGUACGCGAUACCGUUCCCCCUUUAAUCCUGUUCAGUUACAGGGCGGGUAAGUGAACUGGGUCGUGUUAGUCAACACGGGGAUGGUUAAACGUGUUUUGCGUACGCACCUAAAGCUGUGACGUUUUAAGACUUUUCAAUAAACUUGUACUUUGUGUACUUUAUCUA